AAGCCGACCGUAGAUUUCAAGGGUGGCCCUCUCGAAAGCAGACUAACUUUAGUCGAUGGAUUAAACCUAGUUUAAACCAUGGACUAACCUUUUCGGUAUUCUCGAAGGCGGACUAACAAUAGUUAGACGUCAAGAGGGUACGGUGGUUUAAAUUUAAUCGCGAACUAACUUCCCGUGACGUCACGACCUUGUAAAUCGGGGCUGCCGUCUGCAGAGAGAGUAAACGGAUUUAGAGUCGAGCGCUCAUGAGGGCUUCAAUUUUAAGAUGUCUGAAGAGGUAGAGCCAUCAAAAUGCGAGAGUCGCUACCGGGUUUUGUGGAUCAAGGAAGAAGUUUUAGAAGAUGAAUGGGCGGACAAUGACAUGGACGGUAUGCAGCCAACAGAAGGGGCUACAUCAUCAGAUCAAGGUUGGAUACCAGAGGGCAUCAAGGUAGAAAUUUCAGGAGAUUCAGAACCAGAGGUUGAUGAAAGACUAUUCCUUGAUCUACAAACAGAUGAUGAACAUAUGGACAGGGAUAACACCAGCCAAAGUUUAAUGUCACCUCUGCAUAUUUCAGAAGAAAGAUCACCUAAGGAUAAUGAGAGACAAGUCACUGAUUUGCAAGUAAAGGGUAAAGCUACAGAAAGUACAGUUUCUAAUUUUCCUAUGAAAGCUGAGUUGGUAACUCGGUCAGAUCACUCUGAAGAAAAGUGUGCAAUGAAUUGCUAUUCUCAGAGUCCUAUACAAGACGAAGAGACAUACUUUGAAGAAGGAAGUGUUUUUGGUGUUGCUCCAGGAUGUUUUAAAGUCAAGCAUGAAGAGAUGGAUACUCUGGAAAGUGAUGAGAAAUUGGAAGUGGGAUCAAUUCAAAACAAGUGUUUAUACUGUAAUGAAGAAUUCUCCACAGAGCCUAUUCUCACUAGACAUAUGAGAACACAUGCUGGAGAAAAGCCAUAUCGAUGCUCUGAGUGCGAUAAAGAAUUUUCUAUCAAAAGUCGUCUGACAGAACACCUGACUACCCACAGUGGGAAAAAGCCAUAUUUGUGUUCAGAAUGUAACAAUUUUUUCUCUCAAAGGAGAUAUAUCAGAAUACACAUGACUAGCCACAAAGGAGAAAAGCCACAUCGGUGUUCAGAAUGUGACAAAGUAUUCACCCAAAGGAGUCAUCUCUUGAUACAUAUGAGAACCCACACAGGUGAAAAACCAUAUCAGUGUUCCCAUUGCAAUAUGAUGUGUUCAGACAUAGGCAAUCUGAGACGUCACAUGAAAACUCAUACUGGAGAAGGGCCAUAUGAAUGUUCAUUUUAUAACAAAACAUUCCCUACAACAGACAGUCUUUCACGACAUGUGCGAUCCCACACAGUAGAAAAGCCGUAUCAGUGUUCUUAUUGCAACAAAACAUUUUCUAACAAGUCUUAUCUAAAAGAACAUAUGAGAAUACACACCGAUGACAGGGAUAACACCAGUCAAACUUUAAUGUCACCCCUGCAUAUUUCAGAAGAAAGAUCACCUAAGGAUAAUGAGAGACAAGUCACUGAUUUGGAAGGAAAGGGUAAAGCUACAGAGAGUACAGUUUCUAAUUUUCCUAUGAAAGCUGAGUUGGUAACUCAGUCAGAUCAUUCUGAAGAAAAGUGUGCAAUGAAUUGCUAUUCUCAGAGUCCUAUACAAGACGAAGAGACAUACUUUGAAGAAGGAAGUGUUUUUGGUGUUGCUCCAGGAUGUUUUAAAGUCAAGCAUGAAGAGAUGGAUACUCUGGAAAGUGAUGAGAAAUUGGAAGUGGAAUCAAUUCAAAACAAGUGUUUAAACUGUAAUGAAGAAUUCUCCACAGAGCCUAUUCUCACUAGACAUAUGAGAACACAUGCUGGAGAAAAGCCAUAUCGAUGCUCUGAGUGCGAUAAAGAAUUUUCUAUCAAAAGUCGUCUGACAGAACACAUGAGAACCCACACAAGAGAAAAGCCAUUCAAAUGUGAUGAGUGCAAUCAUAGAUAUUCAUACAAGCAGGGCCUCAUGCAACACUUGAGGAUUCACACAGGAGAAAUGCCACACAAGUGUUCAGACUGCAACAAGGCAUACUCACAAAGGAGUCAUCUCUUAAAACAUAUGAGAACCCACACAGGUGAAAAACCAUAUCAGUGUUCCCAUUGCAAUAUGAUGUGUUCAGAAAAAGGCAAUCUGAAACGUCACAUGAAAACUCAUACUGGAGAAAGGCCAUAUGAAUGUUCAUUUUGUAACAAAACAUUCCCUACAACAGACAGUCUUUCACGACAUGUGCCAUCCCACACAGUAGAAAAGCCGUAUCAGUGUUCUUAUUGCAACAAAACAUUUUCUAACAAGUCUUAUCUAAAAGAACAUAUGAGAAUACACACCGAUGACAGGGAUAACACCAGUCAAACUUUAAUGUCACCCCUGCAUAUUUCAGAAGAAAGAUCACCUAAUUAUAAUGAGAGACAAGUCACUGAUUUGGAAGGAAAGGGUGAAGCUACAGAGAGUACAGUUUCUAAUUUUCCUAUAAAAGCUGAGUUGGUAACUCAGUCAGAUCACUCUGAAGAAAAGUGUGCAAUGAAUUGCUAUUCUCAGAGUCCUAUACAAGACGAAGAGACAUACUUUGAAGAAGGAAGUGUUUUUGGUGUUGCUCCAGGAUGUUUUCAAGACGAGCGUGAAGAGAUGGAUACUCUGGAAAGUGAUGAGAAAUUGGAAGUGGAAUCAAUUCAAAACAAGUGUUUAAACUGUAAUGAAGAAUUCUCCACAGAGCCUAUUCUCACUAGACAUAUGAGAACACAUGCUGGAGAAAAGCCAUAUCGAUGCUCUGAGUGCGAUAAAGAAUUUUCUAUCAAAAGUCGUCUGACAGAACACAUGAGAACCCACACAAGAGAAAAGCCAUUCAAAUGUGAUGAGUGCAAUCAUAGAUAUUCAUACAAGCAGGGCCUCAUGCAACACUUGAGGAUUCACACAGGAGAAAUGCCACACAAGUGUUCAGACUGCAACAAGGCAUACUCACAAAGGAGUCAUCUCUUAAAACAUAUGAGAACCCACACAGGUGAAAAACCAUAUCAGUGUUCCCAUUGCAAUAUGAUGUGUUCAGAAAAAGGCAAUCUGAAACGUCACAUGAAAACUCAUACUGGAGAAAGGCCAUAUGAAUGUUCAUUUUGUAACAAAACAUUCCCUACAACAGACAGUCUUUCACGACAUGUGCCAUCCCACACAGUAGAAAAGCCGUAUCAGUGUUCUUAUUGCAACAAAACAUUUUUUAACAAGUCUUAUCUAAAAGAACAUAUGAGAAUACACACCGAUGAGAAACUACAGUGUUCUUUCUGUGAUAAAAAAUUUAAUUUUAAUCGUAGUCUGUCUCAACAUAUGAGGAAGCACACUGAAGAAAAGUCACACCAUUGUUCUUUGUGUGACAGAGCUUUUUACACAAAAUCUGAAAUCGAGAGACAUAUGAGAUUACACACUGGAGAAAAACCUUACCUUUGUUCUUAUUGCAACAGAAGAUUUAGGAAAAAGAAUUUUCUUACAAUGCACAUGAGAAUACACCCAGGGGAAAAGCUCCAUCAAUGUUCUAAUUGAAACAAAGAAUUUGCUGCAAUACAUAGUCUGAAAUACAGAGAUAAACCCAUGAAUGUUCUUUUAAUAAACAUUGUCCACAACAGAUAAUGAAAAAGGGUAUUAAAUUGUUUCUCAUGUUUGAUUGUCUUUCUAAUUUGAUCUUUUUUUUCAAUUGAACCAUAGAUUACUUACUUACAAAAAGUGCUCCUUGGGAGAAUCCUGAACAGGGAAGGGGGAGGGGGGGGGGGCUUUGAUAUUUUGGUGUGAAAUAUUUACUACAAUGUAGGUAAUCAGUGAUGUAUUACAUGUUCUUUAACAUAAAAAUAUAUGCACAGAGCAUGUUAUUAGAUAAACAAGCAGCAGAAAUGGCUGAAUUAAUGAAACUUUCCAGCACAACGCAAAAUAAAUAAUACAUGUACACAGCAUUUCAAGAUAACAUGUCUUCCAGGUGUGCAAGCAAUACAAUUGCUGAAAUGUGGCAAGAGGCAGGUCUUUGUAGUUAAAUAUAUAUGUGUGUUUAUAAUGUAAUGAAUGUUACAUAGACAAACCUUACUCCUCCCCAUAUAAAUAUAGAACCCUAUUAUCAGUGGAAUAAGUUUAUGAAAUUAUUUCCAAGUCCAAAAUGAGACCUUUUCUAGUUUGGAGCUUUUCUUCAACAAAAUCUUUACUUUAUCCUAGGUUAAACCUUGACACCCUCUUAUUAUACUUUUGAUUUUGUCAUAACUCAAAGAUAAAGAACAUAGUUGUGUUAACAUUAAUUGUACUAUCCUUGAGAGUGGUGUCUCUAGGAAAAAAAUAAUGGUGUUUUUUAUUUUCAAUUUUCAAUCCCUCAUAGUCAGUGCUCUUUCUUCAUGGUUUUGUGCUUUUUGUAUGUUGGAUUUUUGUAUGUUGGAUUUCAUGAGAAAAUACUUCCAUACUUGUAUUUGGAUCAUAUUCUCAUUUCACAAAGACUACUAAAAACUGAAUAAAUUAAAGAGAAGUAAAAAAUAAAAAGUUCAACUCAAAUCUGUUUGUGCAUCUCAGUGUAAAGCCUGUUGCAAAAUGAUAAUUAUAUGUUCAUGUUGAUUCAUAUGAAUUGGAUCAAUUUAUUAAGUUGCCCACAAUUUAACUUCUCCAUCAGGAUUUGUCACGUUGAUAGCAAAAGAGCGAGGGAGAGAAAAAGAAAAAAACAGGAAAAAAAGAAGACGGGGAAAAACGGGCAUUAAAAAAAACAUUAAAAACGAUCUGUCAUGAGGAAAUUUUUAGUGGAAAUGUUGCAGUUACUAUCGUUAAUUUCCAUUCUUCCCACAACACUGUAUGUGUGUGUUGUUGUUUUUUUUUUACAUUAUAUCGUUUGUUAAUUGUUUCAUGAACUUUGUAUAUUGAUCAGAAGAUUUAUGCUUGCAUGCAAAUUAUAAUGAAACUAUGAUAACCUUACUUUCAGCGUCAGAUUGAUCAAUUUCAUCGACUGUGUGGUGACAGAUUGUUAAAUUUCAUAUUGUGUGAAUAAAACUAUUGAAAAUUAA